CAAUCGGAGAUCAGAGAUGGCGGGCGCCUCCGAUCCCCUGGAAGAUAUGCUAUUUUCCGAGGUAGAUGAGAAGGCUGUGAGCGACUUAGUGGGCUCUCUGGAGUCUCAGCUGACCGGCCAGAGCAACGCGACGGCUAAAAGCGACGAGAGCCGAGGCGCUGGCUCAGUUGCCCCCGCUAACCAUCACUUGGGGAAAACGCUACCAGCUCCGCUGGGCUCCACAACAGUAGAUCAACAACAACAAGGGCGCCGUAAUAAACCCGACAUGCGCCAGGAUCUAAACUCUACGGAAAAAACUGUCACAUCUCCUUCCCAGGACAGCCCGCUUUCGUCCGGUGAGACCCCUGCCGCCGCCGCAUCCGCCAGUAACAGCAGCUCUCAAUCACAUGGAGCAUCCAUCACAACACUGCCCGCGUCUGGCGUGUCAAGUUCCCCGCCGACCAGCAGCAUCAGCACCGCUACCACCUCCGACCACCCCACGAAGGCUUCCCCGGACUCCGAUGAGCCUAUCGCGGACGCUUCAAAACGACGCUUUGCCACCCCGCGACGGACCUUCUCGGCUCGGAUUAAGACUUUGAACGGUGCCGCGGUGACCAACCGAGGCAACAGCAGCGGCAGCAGCCCCGCGGCGGGGGGCGACGAUGCCUGCGGCAGCCCCACCGACCUCCCGCCGGCGAGCACCUCAGCUAGCAGUACGCCGACUUUCACACUCGCCAACGCCAGCCUAUCUGCGAGUCAGUCGGCCAUUGCCCUGGAUCGAGGCACCCCCACCAUCGCUUUGCAGAGACUCCCCAGUCACAUAGUGGCCAGCAUAGCCCAGAACGGUACCAGUGUGUCGGCGUUGUCUCAGCAAGGUGCUCAGACGCCCCCUGUCACUUCGCCCCCAUCUGCCUCCUCCUUAACCUCCUCGCCACCUGCGCAGGAGAACCACACUAAAAGCGCCACAGAACCUGCAGGGACUCCCAACGAAUGUCAGUCCACAAGUGUCACUACGAGCUCUGUUAUAAACACUGUUUCCUCCGUUGCCGUGACAACAACACCGACCGCCAGCACUACCGCAGUAACUCAACCUUUAACCACAAGCGCUACUACGGCCACCACCACCACCACCAUAGCAGCCGUCUCAGUGACGACAAGCAGCGUCGGCGGUCAGACCACAUCAGUGACCACCACGAUCAGCACGGUCCGACCCACCAGCGCCGCCCCCGCAACCCCUGCCAUCACUGUCGCCCCCGCCGUCCCAGCCAUCCCUAUCGCCCCAGUCGCCCCAGCCGCAGCCUCGCCAACCACGCAGACACCCACCCGGCCCGGUCUGGCCGCACCUCAGAGGAUCGUUGCGCCACAGCUCAUUGUCAGACCGCCCCAGCAGCAGACCACCAUCCAGCUGCCACCUGGGUUCACCAUCCCGACUGGCAUGGUGCUGGUACGGACCGAGCUGGGCCAGCUGGUGUUGGUUCCUCAGCAGGCAUUGGCUCAGGCACAGGCGCAGGCUCAGGCGCAAGCUCAGGGUCAGGUCCAGGCCCAGAAUAACAUCACUCCGCGGCCUGCCACUCCCACUACGGGGGCAUCCUUCAGAGUCAGCACUCCGCAGUCUCCAGCAACCUCUCAGACCACCAGACAAUGUGCUCUGACCCCAGCCAAGGUGGCAGCGUCUCCCUCUCCUGCUCCUUCCAGCCCUGCCCUCCAGACCACCUCCUCUUCUUCUUCUUCCUCUUCCUCUACUCCUUCCUUCGUUACCUCCUGUCCCGCACUACGUCCAAAGGGCCCCGUGGCGCCGGCCGUGGCGGUGACGGCUCCGCAGCAGACCCCCGCGGUUUCCGCACCCCAGGCGCAGCCGGCCCAGACCGCCUCGCAACCCCCGCAGACGACGGGCAUCGCCGUGGCCCCUGGAGCUCCUGUCGUGUCCCAGGAGAUGCAGGAGAACGUGAAGAAGUGUAAAAACUUCCUCGCCACGCUCAUCAAGCUGGCGUCGCACAAUUCCCCGUCACCGGAAACCUCCAAGAACGUCAAAUCUCUGGUGCAAGACCUGCUGGAUGCCAAGAUUGAACCGGAGGAGUUCACCAGCCGGCUGCAGACGGAGCUCAAGUCGUCGCCACAGCCUUACCUGGUACCCUUUCUUAAGAAGAGCCUCCCAGCCUUGCGGCUGUCUUUGCUCAACAGUCAGCAGUCGCUGAUCCAGCCGCCGCAGCAGGGCAUCAAACCAGCAACGACGCCCAUCGCAAGCGGGCCGGCCGUCCACGUACGGCCCCCCAACAGCGUCGGGCCCACUUCGGGGACUGGCGCGCUACCCCAUGGGACCAUGGGCCAUGCAGCUGCCACGGGUCUGAAGACCACAGGCGCCAUGGGCGGUCAAGUCCGGAUGCCCGUGAUGAUCACGCAGUCCAUGAGAGCUCAAGGCACAAUGGGGAAGGUGGGCACCUUCCAAGCAGGGAGGAGUCCGGUGGGCUUGGCUGUCCAGAUCUCCGGCAAUCAAAAAAACAAGCUCAAUGACCCCGGAGGAGGUUCUUUCAGGGACGAUGACGACAUCAACGACGUGGCCUCCAUGGCGGGCGUCAAUUUGAACGAGGAGAGCGCCCGCAUACUCGCCACCAACUCGGAGCUGGUCGGCACGCAGAUUCGCUCGUGCAAGGAUGAAGCCUUCCUCCACCCGGGGCUGCUCCACCGACGCAUUCUGGAAACAGCCAAGAAGUUUGGCGUCAUGGACGUGCCCAUGGAGGUCGUGACGUUCAUCUCGCACGCCGCGCAGUCGCGACUCCGCACGGUCGUCGAAAAGGUUUCGGCCAUCGCUCAGCACAGACUGGACUCCUGCAAGGACGACGAAUGCUACGAGCAGUCGGCCGACGUCCGCUCUCAGCUGCGCUUUUUCGAACAACUAGAGAGGAUGGAAAAAGCCAGGAAGGACGAGCAGGAAAGAGAAAUUCUCUUGAAAGCCGCCAAGAGCCGCUCCAGGCAAGAGGACCCAGAGCAAGCUCGACUGAAACAGAAAGCCAAGGAGAUGCAGCAACAGGAACUAGCCCAGAUGAGGCAGCGGGACGCUAACCUCACGGCACUGGCGGCUAUCGGACCCCGCAAAAAACGCAAAGUGGACUCGCCGGGGGCCACCCCAUCAGGGACUGAGCUGUCGGGCAGUACGGCGGGCUCCCCGGGGGGCUCGUCGUCGGCGCCCUCGUCGUCGUCUCGCCAGUACGCCCGUCAGCGCAUCACCCGCGUCAACCUCAGGGACUUCAUCUUCUACAUGGAGCAGGAGCGAGACACGGCCCACUCGCUGCUGCUCUACCGCGCUCUACUCAAGUAGCCCGCGCUUCCUUCUUCCUCCUCUAGCCACGUGCCUUCACAUCAGGUGUCAGCUCGCCGUCGUUCGUCCUAACUCGGCUUCCGGAUGCAUUUGCAUAAGAAAACGCUAAAAAGAAAAUGUCAGAAAAAAAAAUGCAUCCAUUGUGUCUUUGCUGUCUUGCGUUUCAUGUUGCGUAGCGAUGAUUACGUUUGAAGGCCUCCGUGCGUUCCAAACAUUUUAACAGCCAAUUUAUUGACCACGUGUCAAUAAAAGGACAUUUCAACAACACCAUUUCCCCCUCGCCGUAAAUGUAAAUAGUUUGGUUACAUUUCCUUUUUUUUUUUUUUUUUUCCGUUAAUAGCAAAGAGCGUGAGUUUUAUGAAAGUGAAUCUUUAAUAUCAUCACAUUUCAAAUCCAUUUUACAAAGGUGUACUCGGGCCACACUGACAAGAACAAUAAUUUUCUACUAAAAGUUGUAAUGUUACGGUAAUGGAGGAUCCAUUUUAUUAGGAUGAGUUUGCUCCACACAGUUUUGUGCAAAUAUGAAUUUACACUUUACACAGAAAUGACACUUUGCUUUGUUGUAAAUUGUACAGUAUGUUUGAACCUUUUCUAAAACGUUCUUAAAAAAAAGUCUCAUUUAUGACAUUUUAUCAUGAACUAUACGUAGUUUUUCCCGAAAAGCCCCACAUAAUUAUCUCAUAAUGAAAUUUCUGUGGCAGAAACAUUUAUUAUUUCACAAAAAAUAUAAAUAUUUGAAUUUUUUUGAACAAUUGUUCAAAACAAAAAAGAAAAUUAAUUAUUAUUGAUAAGCACCUUUUUUUUUUAAAUGUUAUUAUUAUGAAGUGAAACUUUAUUUUAUUCAGACAAGGUCUAACAGGACACUUUUAAGACUUUAUUUUCGUAACAUUACACUUGUAUUCUAUAAUUUGAAAACAAAAAAUCAUUUCAGCGGCCUCAAUACGCCUUUGUACACUUUUUAUAUUGUUCACCUGUUAGUGUUUGUUAUGAGGUGGGCUGGUUGCCGUAGUUACAAGUUCAACCCACACACUUUGUUUUUGACUUCAGACAUGUGCAAAUGUUUGAAGAGCAACCACAAAAAAGAAUGUUUCAAGUCCAUCAAGUGUUUUUUAUUUUUUAGUGUUUCAAAACAGUGAAGAAAAAGUGAGGCAUUCAAUCUUGUUACACAUCAUGUUUCAUUUUUAAACUAUUUUAUAUGUAAAUGUAGAAACACAAAGUCAUUCUUGUAUGUUAAUGUACGUCCUUUGUUUGUUUCAAUGACUGAUAAUUUAAAUUGAAUAUCUCGGCCUAUGCAGUUUUUGGUGAAUUGAAAUAUUUCAAACCCUUGGUUGCGCUUUGUUGUGAAUUUUGACAGCACUUUUAUUUUAUUGUAUUCAUUGAUUUGAUAAAGUCCCUGUUUUAGCUGGCUUCUUAAAGCUGUCUGUUUAAUAUUGCUAUGAAAUGUAAACUUUUAAACAGUAUUGACACUUUCCUUCUAAAGUCACAUCUUGUAAAAUACACUAUUUUAUUAUUAUUAUUAUUAUUUUUAAAUAUAUUGGCUUUUAUGCACAUUUCCCUCUUUUCUGCUCUUUGACAAGCACAACAGCAUAGAUCUCAACUGAUUAUUUUUUUUUUUAUAAUAACAAUCUCAUUUACUUUGGCAUUUUUACCGCUUGGAGGUUUUUUAGCCCAAACCUUGGGUCAAUAU